UUUCAAGUUUUCCGUUAAAAACUGUAAAGGCGGAAUUGGCCGAACUUCUGUUUCACGCAGAGUAGGAGAAAUACUGUGGCCGCCGAGAUGUCAGAGAGAAGCGCCUUCGACACUAAUGUUGUUACUCUCACACGUUUCGUAUUGGAGGAGGGCAGGAAAGCCAAGGGAACGGGAGAGUUAACAACCCUCCUCAACUCCAUGUGCACAGCAAUUAAAGCUAUUUCUACUGCUGUCAGGAAGGCAGGCAUUGCUAAUCUCUAUGGCAUUGCAGGCAGUACCAAUGUAACUGGGGAUCAAGUGAAGAAGCUGGAUGUCCUCUCCAAUGAUUUGGUGAUCAACAUGAUCAAGUCCUCCUUCACCUCAUGUGUACUGGUGUCCGAGGAGAAUGAGGAAGCCAUAAUUGUGGAGCCUGACAGAAGGGGUAAAUACAUUGUUUGCUUUGAUCCUCUGGAUGGUUCUUCAAACAUAGACUGCCUUGCAUCUAUUGGGACGAUUUUUGCCAUCUACAGAAAGGUGACAGACGAUGAACCAAAUCGGAAGGAUGCUCUGCAGCCUGGCAGGAACAUUGUGGCUGCAGGCUACGCCCUUUAUGGCAGUGCAACCAUGAUGGUGCUAUCAGCUGGGCAGGGGGUUAACUGCUUCAUGCUGGACCCAUCAAUAGGGGAGUUUAUUCUCGUGGACAGAAAUGUCAGGAUAAAGAAGAAGGGCAAGAUCUACAGUGUUAAUGAGGGAUAUGCCAAAUUUUUUGACCCUGCAGUCACAGAAUACUUGAAAAGGAAGAAAUUUCCAGAGGAUGGAAGCGAGCCUUAUGGGGGGAGGUAUGUGGGCUCCAUGGUAGCUGAUGUACAUCGAACUCUUGUGUAUGGAGGCAUCUUCCUGUAUCCCGCUAAUGUCAAGAGCCCCAAGGGAAAGAUGAGAACAAGCUAGCCACAAAGGGCAGCCACCCAUAGCAGCAUCCAGGGAGCAAGGGUCUAUAUAUACUAAGACUGGACAUAAACCAGCAACCUUCCACUCAAAGGCACAGAGACUUAGUCCACUGAGCCACACAGUGUCCCCCUGUUAUGGGCUCAAAGUGAUUUGGAUAAUAUCAUCUGCUAAGUAAGUUAAAUGUCCAUUCUGGAUAUUAUUUAAGGGUGCCAUUAUUUUUUUAACCCUAUUCUUUGUACUGUUUAACCUACUUCAUGUUUAAAAAAUUGUGUUUUUCUUUUUAAUUGUGUUUUUUUCAAUCACAUUUUUGUUUGUUAAACUUGAGAUGACUGUAUAUAUGGUGCGAUAGCUAGAUAAACUGGGGUACCACAUUAUGAUUCAAUUACUUACUCUGGCUAUUUAAGUCACUGACUGCUAAGAGUACCUGGGAUGCUUUAAUUAAAAAUCUCUAAGUCAAAGGUACCUCCCUCAUUCUUAUACUACAUAUACCCCUUUUUGAGGUGUUGCCAACUGUGGAAAAGAAAAAAUUCGGAAAAGCAAGGUUGACUCGUAACCCUUCUGGAAAGAGAGUCCACUUGUUAAAAACCACAAUGCUGUCCAGAAACUGUACAGGCACUAUACUGGCACAGUGACAAUUUUUUUUUGCAUUUAUGACUAAAACAGCACUGCUCAGCAGUUAUUCAUUUCAUGACGAAGGCUGUUAAUGUCUUUGUUAUUUUUGCACUGUCACUUUACUGUUCUGAAUGUCAACCACUACAGUCACCUUUUAAUUACACUAUGACGCUUGAUAUUAUGCUUCAUUUUCAACAUACACCCUUCAUUAAUUUUAUUUACUGUAUUGAUGUACUGUAAUUUUAAAUAUACAUAAACUUUCCUUAUUUUACUGUA